AUCGCGCUCAAUUAGUCGAGGGAUCAGCCCGCGCCCCUCCCGGAAUCCCUCCCCAUCAUCUUUGCAUCUCAGCGCUGGAGCGCUUCCCGCGACGCCACGGACGCGCCCCCCCUCACCCACGCGGGCAAGCGCGCCGCCGAGCCAUCCCCCCCACUCCCCGCGAAGCGCGUGCGACCGCACCCCGCUCACAUGGACGACUCGCGCUCCAACUCCGUCAAGAUGACCGACGCCGAUGAGAUUGACGAGGGCCUCUACUCACGCCAGCUCUAUGUCCUGGGCCAUGACGCCAUGCGCGCCAUGCAGAAGUCCGCCCUCCUCAUCGUCGGCUGCGACGGCCUCGGCGUCGAGAUUGCCAAGAACGUCAUCUUGGCAGGCGUCAAGUCCGUCGCCGUGUACGAUCCACACCCGGCCGCUCUGCCCGAUCUCUCGUCCAAUUUCUAUCUCACGGAAGCUCACGUUUCCGCGAAAACCUCGAGGGCCAAGGCAUGUAUCAAGGACUUGGUCAGCCUCAACCCUUAUGUCAAUGUUUCGGUAUACGAUGGCAUGCUGAAUCUCAAUGAACCCGACCGCAACGUCUUCUCAUCCUUCGCCGUUGUCGUCAUGGUCAAUCAGUCACAUGCCGCCCAGAGAGCGGUUGACUCCGUCUGCCAUAAGGCGGGAGUCAAGUUUCUUUCAGCUUCUUCGCGAGGAGUCUUCGGCUCCAUUUUCUGUGAUUUCGGACCCUCCUUCAUCGUCACGGACCCCACUGGCGAGCCGCCUCGCUCGGUAAUGAUCUCGUCCAUCACGAAGGAGAACCCUCCAAUCGUCACUUGCCUUGACGAGCAGCGCCAUGAUCUUGAAUCUGGAGACUAUGUCUCGUUCACAGAGGUUCAAGGCAUGGUCGAAUUAAACGAUGGUAAGCCGCACAAGAUCAAGGUCCUUGGUCCGUACACCUUCGCCCUUGAAGAAACCGAUAUUUCGUCGUUCGCUAAUUACGUCCGAGGAGGUUAUGCUACUCAGGUCAAGAUGCCUGUUACCGUCUCGUUUAAACCUCUAGGUGAUGCUUUUGCCUCUCCAGAGUAUGUCAUUACAGACUUUGCGAAGAUGGACCACAUGGACACUGUACACGCCUGCUUUGCUGCUGUCGAUGAGCUACCAGGGGGAUCUUUACCGAGGCCCGGUUCUGCAGAGGAUGCGGCCACUUUCACGAAACUCCUGAAGCUUCGAGAUGGCGAGCCGAUUGCGUCAGUAGCCGAAGCGUUUGCCAGAACUUGCGCAGGUAACAUUUCUCCGAUCGCAGCUGGGCUGGGCGGUGUGGCCGCACAGGAAGUUCUGAAGGCCAUAUCGGGCAAGUUUAUGCCGAUUCGACAGUUUCUUUACUUUGAUAGCAUGGAGUGUCUGCCGAAUCCAUUGCCAAGCGAGGCCGAUUGCGCCCCGAAGGGGUCUCGAUAUGAUGGCCAGAUCGCUGUCUUUGGCGCCAAGUUCCAGGAGAAGAUCGAGAAUCUCAAAUACUUCUUGGUUGGGGCAGGUGCCAUCGGCUGCGAGAUGCUCAAGAAUUUUGCAAUGAUGGGUGUGGGUGUUGGUCAAAAUGGUGGUGUGAUCGUAACCGAUAUGGAUACCAUUGAGAAGUCUAACUUGUCUCGUCAGUUCCUAUUCCGUGAUACGGACAUUGGAAAGCCGAAGAGCAUAGCGGCGGCGGGGGCGAUUCUGCGAAUGAAUCCUGCGAUGAAGGUGGUUGCACAUGAAAUUCGUGUUGGGCCUGAGACAGAGUCUACCUUCAAUGACGACUUUUGGGAGUCUCUGUCGGGUGUUUGCAAUGCUCUUGACAAUGUUCAAGCUCGUCUCUACGUCGAUCAGCGUUGUGUCUAUUACAUGAAGAGUUUGUUAGAAAGCGGAACGUUGGGCACCAAGGGAAACACGCAAGUCAUCGUUCCUCAUAUGACAGAGAGCUAUGGCUCCUCACGUGAUCCACCAGAGAAAUCCAUUCCCAUCUGUACGCUAAAGAAUUUUCCGUACAGAAUUGAGCACACGCUGCAAUGGGCAAGAGACUACUUCGAGGGUGAGUUUAAGACAUCUGCGGAAGAGUCAAAUUCGUUUCUCAAGAGGGGCCAAGAGUAUAUGGAUGAGCUACGGCGGCAGGGGCCUGGCACGAUGCUGGCCACCCUCGAAAUGUUGAAUGCUUGUUUAUUGGAAGACAGGCCCAAUUCCGUUCAGGAUUGUGUGGAAUGGGCACGCAGGGCUUUCGAGAAGCUCUUCAAUGGAGAGAUCCGGCAGCUUCUGCACACUUUCCCGCGCGAUAAUGUGGAUAAGAACGGUGUGCCUUUUUGGUCUGGUACAAAGCGUGCGCCCAAUCCAGUUGAGUUUGAUGUCAACAACGAGAUGCACUCGGAGUUUAUCAUUGCGUCAGCGUGUUUGCGAGCGGAGAACUAUGGAUUGCGAGUUUCCCACGCAGAUAUUGCGCAAAUGGGGAAGCAAGCAUCCGCGGUCAUGAUUCCUGAAUUUGUGCCGAAAUCGGGUGUCAAGAUAGCGACAACGGAUGCGGAAGCCAAGGCUCAGAUUGAUAACCCAGGGGAUGCAGACGAUGCUCGAAUUGAGGAACUCGUGACGAAACUGCUGCACGAAAAGUCUCUCGCCGGCUUCCAAAUGACGCCUUUGGAAUUUGAGAAGGACGAUGACUCCAAUCAUCACAUUGAUUUUAUCACCGCCUGUUCAAAUUUGCGCGCGACGAACUAUUCUAUCGAGACUGCCGACAGGCAUCAGUCCAAGAGAAUUGCCGGAAAGAUCAUCCCAGCAAUAGCCACGACCACGGCAUUUGUGACAGGCAUGGUGUGCGUUGAGUUGUACAAGCUGGUGCAGAUUGGCGUCACAGAUAUUGCUCAGAACAAGGAUGAUGGCGCAUGGGCUCGACCGAACUCAGAUGCCUACUCUGCGGAAAACGAGAAGGCUACCGCAAAGACGCUUGAGCUAUUCAAGAAUGGCUUUGCCAACCUGGCACUCCCAUUCUUUGCGUUUUCAGAACCGAUGGCUGCUCCCAAGACAGAAAUGGGCCACGGACGGAAAUGGACACUCUGGGACAGGUUUGAUAUCAACGAAGGUCGGGACAUUUCUCUCGAAGAAUUUUUGAAGUUGUUCAAGGAUAGAUUCGGUCUUGAGAUAAGCAUGAUUUCCUGCGGCGUCAGCAUGCUAUAUUCUUCUUUCACUUCGGCUGCAAAGCUGCGUGAGCGGAUGCCUAUGCCACUGUCUAAAGCUGCUGAAACUGUUGGGAAAAUGCAGUUUACCGAGUCACAGAAGUAUCUCGUUCUUGAGGUCUGCUGCCACGAUGAUGAUGGUGAAGACGUAGAGGUUCCGUAUAUUAGAUACUGCUUCAAGCAUUGAUCUAUGAGUUCCCAAUUCUAAUAAAAUGCCAUGAACAGUGUCUUUGAAA